CCCGCUCGUGGGUGCUCCCCGGCAGUCGGAGCGAGCACUCCCGCCCGAACCGGCGCAGGUGGAGUGGCCCUUUAUGGUGGCGGCUGUCGCUGCUUUCAGGCUCCGUCCUCCCCCCCUCCCUCGCUCCUGCCUGCGGGGCGCCGCUGCCCGGGGGCCAUGGCGGGGGCGCUCGGCGGGCCAUAGGUGAGGAGCUCAGAUCCAAUACAAGACUCAUGUGAGCUUGCCACAUCUUGCCUAAUGGAAUUGCUCAUACUUUCACUUCUGUAAAAGAAGAGGAGACUUAGAUUUUUCCUGGUUGGCACUGAGCCUACCUACUCACUGAUUUUCCAUGGAAUGCAGAUCCUGCCACUGGACUGCAUUUGGGUAAAGGAUGAGUUCAGUGUUUCUCUGAGGAGUCUUCCAACGCAUUUUCUAAAUUACCUUCUAAUGGUGUUCUAAGUGAGCUUAUGUGAAACAAAUAGUUUUGGAUCAUGAGUGAAGAAAAAAACUUUGGUGCAUCCCAGAAAAUGUUGUCUCCUUCAAGAAGUACUAGCAGCUGCUCCUCCAAGCAGGGAAGUCGACAGGACAGCUGGGAAAUUGUAGAAGGACUCCGGGGAGCAAUGAAUUGUACCCAGGAGCCGCAGAAGCAAGAGGGCUGUUUGCUGAAAAAGAGGAAAUGGCCUUUGAAAGGCUGGCACAAGAGAUACUUCUUUUUGGACAGAGGGAUUUUGAAGUAUUCUAAAUGCCAAGCUGAUAUAGAGAGAGGAAAACUUCAUGGCUGUAUUGAUGUUGGACUUUCUGUCAUGUCUGUAAAGAAAUCAACAAAAUGUAUAGAUUUGGAUACAGAAGAGCAGAUAUACCAUCUGAAGGUGAAAUCUCAGGAACUGUUUGAUGAAUGGGUAGCAAAACUUCGUCAUCACAGAAUGUACCGUCAGAAUGAAAUCUCCAUGUUUCCUCAUGACGCCAAUAAUAUUUUCUUCCCUGUGUCUACUACUACGGACUCUGUCCCUGGUUUCUGUGAUUCUACUUCAGGUAGAAAGACAGGGACCAAACAGAAUUCAAUAUCAGCUGGAGGUAACUUGUCAUUUUCCUUUUCAAGUAAUGAGUCCAGGAUUUCCUCUUGGCUACAGUCUUCUGAAGACAUGGAAAAAUGCUCAAGAGACCUCUCCAACUGUCACACAUACUUACUGGAAAUGAACCAGCUGUUACAGAGCAUGGAUGUUCUUCACAGGACAUAUUCAGCGCCUGCUAUAAAUGCUAUGCAGGUUGGACCUUUUGAAAGCCCAAAGAAGGAAAAGAGAACACACAGGAGGUGGCGAUCCAGAGUUGUUGGGAAAGAAGCUAAAGGAACAUUACAGGUGCCUUCAGUAUUUUCUGCCCCUAUGAGACUGCAUGCUUCCAAUCCAAACUUAUCUACAAUAGAUUUUGUAGAGGAGAAAAAUUACUCUGAUGGCUCUGAAACAUCAUCAGAAUUUACAAAAAUGCAAGAGGACUUAUUUCAAGUUGCACAUAAAGUUUACUUCACCUUGAGGUCAGCUUUCAGCACCAUAUCUACUGAGAGAGAAAAGCUGAAGCAGAUGCUGGAGCACGAUGCAUCUUCAUCUCCAUCUGCACAAAUAGUGGGCUUGAAGAAUGCCUUAUCAUCUGCAAUAGCACAAAAUACAGAUCUUAAAGACCGGUUACGCAGAAUACAUGCCGAAUCUAUGAUCCUUGAUUCAGCAUCUAAUGCAAAAUCAAGUCCAGAUUUGGUGAAGGAAAAUUCAAGAGAAGAAGGCAGAGGUCUUGUUCACCAGGUCUCCAAUGAAAGCAGACUGUCUAUAGCUGACUCUCUCACAGAAUUUUUUGAUGCACAGGAAGUCCUACUGUCUGCUAGUUCUUCAGAAAAUGAGGUAUCGGAUGAUGACUCAUAUGUAAGUGAUAUCAGUGAUAAUGUCUCAGAAGAUAACCUAAGUAAUGACAUGGACAACGAAAGACAAACUUUAGACUGUAUUUCUGAAAGUGGAAUUGGAUGCAAUUCUAAACGGAGAACAUGUUUACCAGCUCCAUGUCCUAAUACGAGUAACAUCAGCCUAUGGAAUAUCCUGAGAAACAACAUCGGAAAGGAUCUCUCCAAAGUGGCCAUGCCCGUUGAAUUAAAUGAGCCGCUUAACACCCUUCAGCGUCUCUGCGAGGAGCUGGAGUACAGUGAACUACUGGAUAAAGCAGCACACACACCAAACCCAUUUGAACGGAUGGUGUAUAUAGCUGCAUUUGCAGUCUCUGCGUAUGCAUCCAGUUACUACCGAGCUGGAAGUAAGCCAUUUAAUCCUGUACUUGGAGAAACCUAUGAAUGUAUUCGUGAAGAUAAGGGUUUCCAGUUCUUUGCAGAACAGCAAAAUGUAAGAUGGAAAAACAAAUUCUGGGGAAAGUCCAUGGAAAUUGUUCCAGUUGGUACAACACAUGUAACUCUUCCAGCUUUUAAAGACCAUUUUGCAUGGAACAAGGUGACAUCUUGCAUCCAUAACAUCUUAAGUGGGCAGAGAUGGAUUGAACACUAUGGAGAGAUCAUCAUCAAAAAUCUUAAUGAUGACACUUGCCACUGCAAACUGACUUUCAUAAAGGCUAAGUAUUGGAAUCCAAAUGCACAUGAGAUUGAAGGCAGUGUCAUGGAUAAAGCUGGGAAAGUUGUGCAUCGACUCUUUGGGAAGUGGCAUGAAAGUUUAUACUGUGGGACAACUUCAUCUUCAAACUGCAUAUGGAGAGCAAAUCCAAUGCCUAAAGAUUAUGAACAAUGGUAUGGAUUUACUCAAUUUGCACUGGAGUUAAAUGAAUUGGACCUUCAAACUAAGUCAUUACUCCCAUCCACUGAUACACGUUUUAGACCAGACCAAAGGUUUCUAGAGGAAGGGAAUAUUGAAGGAGCUGAAAUACAAAAGCAGAGGAUUGAACAGCUACAGAGAGAACGACGGAAGGUGCUAGAAGAAAACAAUCUAGAGCAUCAACCUAGAUUUUUCAGGAAAUCCAAUGAUGACUCCUGGGUGAGCAAUGGAACCUACAUGGACCUUAGAAAAGAACCUGGUUUUUCCAAACUGGACAAUCCUGUCCUCUGGUGAAAGAGGAGCUAAGUGAAGAUAUUCUGUGCUGUAUUCUUGGAUCUGGUUCAAAAGACACAUAUGUAAAAUAUAACUAUAUAUAUCUAUAUAUACACAUAUAUAUAUAUACACACACACAUAUAGUAUAUGUGUGGGGUGUGUGUAUGUGUGCAAAUGUGCAUAUCUCUAAAAUUGUGCUUAAGUUAGAAUCUCAUAAUUAAUUUGUUUCCUUUACUCGACUAUUGCAAUGAUUGUUUGAAUGUAUAAAUACCCUAACUUCUUUUUAUAAAAUAUUUAAUAAAUAGUCCUGAAUGUAAAUGGUGAGAGGGAAAAGAGGAGCUUUUACACUACUUUUUCAACGUGUAAUAACAUCAGCUGUGAGUUAACUUAUGCCUUAUUAAAUUGCAUUGGAGGCAGUAGCAUCAGCAUCUCCUAGCUGUGCUGAGGAAUCAGAGUGCAAGCCUUAGUAACUCAAACUGUAGGUUGGCUUCCACAGUGCAAUGAGUAGUUCAGCUGUCUCUGGGCAGGUAUAAAUUGCUAAAACAAGAUUACCGGCUGGUGCUGGAAUCUGAGUAUGAUCUUUUGCUGCCUGUAGAAAAGAUUUAAAUAAGCUUUUGUUUCUAAUAACUUUCUUCUUAGUAUUAUGGAAGAGGUAGUUCUGAGCUUGCGUCGGUGGUUCUACUGCCUUAUACGUAAAUUGUACUGGGUUAAAUGUAGUGCUAGAAAUUCAGGAAUCGCCAAAAUUUUCCACUGGGAAAAAUUUCCCCUUCAAAUUUAUAGCCCCUAACAGGGCAAGAGGAGGAGAUUAUUGUAUAUACUGCUUGAGCACUGAGUAGAUGAAGAAGCUCUCUCUCUUUCCAGUAAGUGAAAUCUAUACAGAGCACGAAAUCCUGUGCUUCCAUAGCUUUAUUUGUUUUUAUUAACCUAAAAAUUGCAACAGUAAGACUUUUUAAAAAGUAAGCAAACUGAUUGUUUUAAGCUAGAAAUUUUUUCCUAGUAUUUUGAUAUUUUCUACCUCUUAAGAAAUAAACAGCAUAUUUUAGAUCUUAUAUUUAAAAAACUACCAUCUGCCUUAUGGAGAAGUGUAUGGAGUCUUUGAUCUUCCUCUGUUUGUUUGUUAUGUUCAGAUAAAUACUGAAGUGUCUUGCACUAAAUCAAUUGCAUCCCUUUCUUAUCAUUUUAUAUGUAUGGCUUGAUUUGUGAAGCUACUAAACCAUAGGUCAGAAAUUGAGCAGGAAAAAAAUGUAGCACUUUUGAAUGAAUAUUAUAGAGAUGGGGAGUAUUUUUGGGUUUUUUUCCAUCAAAUCACAGUGUCACAGUCAUUAACAGAAUAAUUUGUAUUCCUAUCUAUCUGCAACUCAAGCCUGAUCCAUGAUUCUUCAAGUCUGUUCUUUGUGUCUGUGACUCUGGCAACAAUGCAGUUUCCAUGUGAGAUAGGUCUAUAUCCUGUCACCACCCCCUUUUAUUUUUCUUCCAUGCCACUGUAAUGGCAUGAAACUAAUACAAAAGCUGGCAUGUUAAACUGGCUUAUGACUGGAACAAUUGGAUGCGGCAGGGAUAAGGUAGACUCCUAGGGGGGAUAGACUAGUGGCUUAGAAAAGCUUGCACUUUACUGCAACUGUGCUGCAUUGUCCUAGAGAAAACCCAUUAAAAAUGGAUCCAUGUAGUAUAUGUAACAUGAAGGAAAUACUAUGAAGGUUUUCCAUUUUAAACAAAAUCUGUAAUGUCAGAUUAGAUGUAUAUUUGAAUUUUCUUUCUGUUACCUUGAAGCCUCAUUGUCUCAGAGGCAGAUGAAUGCUUUUUCACUAUUUUUCACUUUGCCCAGGAACUCUGCCUCACUAUAAUUUCUGUAAUUUAUUACCAAAGAAGUUAGCAUAAUUAUUUCUAUUUAAUAUGUCUUUUUAAGACUUGACUACCAUGCCAGCAGCUUACAACAAGACAAGGUUCACAUUUAUAUGAAGACAAAAUCUAGGCUUUGAUUCCAAAGGAAAUCUUAACAUUUGAAGGCUGUUUGGCUUUUCAAGGAAAAUGAGGUUCUUGUCAUAACUUUUUCCUUUCCUGUGUUUUAUCCUUGUAUUAACUGUGAAAACUUGGCACUGAAUGGAGUGGUUAAUUGUAGUUAUCUUUGCUGUUGGUAAUUACCAUUUAUACUAAAAAUAACAUUCAUUUAACAACAAAAGAGGGUAGCGGAAAUAAAAAAAAAGCUUCUAAGCAAAGGAGCAAAAUUUAUGGAGGAUAUAUUAAGCUUGCUCAUUGUCAUAUUUGGCAACUACUGUGAUACUGACUGAUCUGCAUAUAUAUCAGUUAUAUAUCUGAAUAUACUGUUGGGUUUGUAUAGUGUGUGUGUGGAGGGGAUUCCCCCAUACUUUGUCAUAUGACCUAAUAUUGAUAGCAUCUAAAAUUAAAGAAUUAGAGGCCAAAAGGCAAAGUUAAAAAUUGUAAUGCAUUAAAAGCAGCAGAUGUUAAACAGAACAAAUCUCAUUAUUUGAUUCAUGAUUAUUGAGAAAUCAGACUGGAAGUGUUGCCUUGUAUCUUACAAUCUAAACUGUCUAAAAUACAUGAGAUUGAUCACAAGAAGCAUUGGGCUGAGCAGUGCCUUAUAUAAAAUUUUCUUUAUCAAGAUUUCCAUAUCAAAAAGGUAAACUGAAGAAUUUUAGUAUCAUCUUCAGAAAAACAAUGCCUGAGAAUAAUCUAGGGCAUUUCUUAAAUGCAUGAAGCAAAAUCAUUGAACAAGUAAUAGAUCCUUUUUAAAAUCUCUAAUACACACCUGCAAGCAUGAUGUAACCAGUUGUGAAUGAUCCUCUGACCCUGCGUUUCCAACAGCGGUAUAGUUUUCCCUGCUUACUUUUUUAUUAAAUAAUUGGGUUUAGUUACUAAACUUCUGUCAACUGUAUAUUAAGAAGUGGAAGGAAAUUGUCUUGAUGUUACUUCUGUGUAUUUCCGCAUAAAAAUAUAUUCAUCAUUCACAAACCGUAAUAUAUUCUGUAAAGUUCUUCUUGGUAAAAUAUCAAAUUCUGGUAAGUUUCUUCCCCAAAACUUCAGCUGUGUUGAUGGGUACCAAAUUUAUUUUAGCAUUCUGCAAUGUAAUUAAGACAAGUUGUUUUUAAUAACUGACAUUGGGGGACUUCUUUCCCACUAUUUCUACCCUAAAUGGUAAAAAAGAGUGCACCAAGCAACUUAACUGCUACUUUUCAUACACAGAAGUGAUCCCCAAGCUGUGUUAGCUCAAUGGAUCAGUCUUAAAAUUUCCUGAUGGCCGUUGCCUGCUGUUAUAGCUCUCUUAUUUCAUGACUUUAUAACCAUCACUUAAUAUGAUCUUGGAGGUCAGUUUGAGAAGCACUCAUCCAGCUCUUCCUUUCUUUGUGUAUCUCUUCAUAAAGUAAAACCUUCACUAUAAACUUAUGUCAAAGUAAUGUAGCAGGUCAGACCUUUCAGUGUUAAAACACUGGCUCAGUUUGCAAAUUACAAAGCAUAGAAAGAGAAAAAAGUCCAAGGAAAUAGUGUUCAUAGGAACAGAAACUCACAGCUCUACUUCCGGAUUUGCAGGCUUGAUGUUUAGUUUCUGAUUUUGGUACAAUGUAAAUUUGGAAUUAUGAAACAGCAUCACUGGUUCAGGAGAUGACUCCAGGUAGCAUAAAGUGCCCUUCAGACCAAGUGGAACUGGAAUGCACCAUAAAUAAUUGCAUUCCUUUCUGAAUCUCUGUUCUCUAAGAUAUGCUUGAUAUGUUAGUUUGCCAGCACUGAUCUACUUCUUUUAGAUGCUUUUUAAAAUACAGAUCUAGCAGUCUGGACUUAGAUUCUUUAUAAAGAGCUCAGAAUACUAGAUGCCUGGAAGGAAGACCAAAACCAACCCAAAUUCUGAAAAGGAAACAUCCCAGAGAUCUGUUCUUCCACCAAUCAGUUUUCUUUGAAGGACUAGAAACAAGAUUGCUGCUUUCUUUUAAAAUCUGGCUCCUGAAGGAUGUAGUGGUUGCAAACACAGUCCCCUUACUGUCUGCCAGUUUAGUGUUGAAACCAGAUCACUGUGCAGAAAGGAACACUGAUUCAUGGAGCCAGAACCAGGGCCCCAACCAGGGACAGCUUUCAGGUUGCACAAAGGUCCAGUGCUGGUCUCAAAACAAACUAACAAACCCCUUCCGAAACCCCAGCCUAACAAAGACCUCCCCCCUUUCCAUGCCCCCUUCUUUCCCUCGGGUGUUUACAGUCCUGUUUAGGUUUUCUAUAUGGUCCCUUGUCUUCAAGUCCUUAUUCAAUGUCCUGUUUUUCUCUUUAUUAAAAAAAUCUCUGAUGAAUAGGAAAACAGUCCAUUCUAAAAAGCUUUUAAAUGAUAAAUCAUACACUCCCCAUAAACAUUGUGUCCUACUUAUGUAUCUUUUCCUUGACUGAGAACAAGACUUUUUUUCCUCUUGCACUCUGGAAUCAGACCUAGUAAGGGUAGUGCGCUGUGGAAAAGUGCAGCUAUACUGCUUAGCAUACUCCUAGUUAUUAAUGUCCUUGCAUCUGCUUUUGUGUGAAUCUCUUGUGUUGUCUCUCCAAAUGACCUGCUUGGCAGAGCAGGAAACUUUUGGCAUAUCUUACUUAGUUCAAUACAGCAUUUUUUUGUUAUACAGCUCAGAGGGGGCAAGGUGAAGAGGAGUGCAAAACUUGGCCCACAGUGCAUAUAUACUAGAGAGAAGGAUGAAAUCCAGCUUCUCCACAUAUCUGAAUACAUCUUGCAAGGGCUAGAAUCAGAUGGUGCUAUGCAAAGGAAUGACAUUAAAAUGAAAUGGUUUUUUUGGUUGAGCGUGUUUUCAUUCAUGGAUUAUGCCUAUUAUAAAUAAAAUUCAUGGUAUUCACUAAUUCAUUCUAUUUUCUAGCUACUGGUGGAUGCAACUUACUCCAGCAACUGUGGGUUCAUAAGAAACUGCACAUUACCUUGCUUAUCUGUUGAAACUUAGUAAACACUGUAACUUAUCACCAAAUGUAUUAUUGUACUCCUCCGUUCUUAGAUACUGUUCUUUCUGCAGCUUUUGAAAGCAAUAAGAGAAAUUUUCAACAUAAAUAGUUGCCAUAUGUUAAAGAAUUAUUUAAACGGUUCAUUUUUUUAUAUAAAUUGUGGAUUUGGUGUUUUUGUUGUAUAAAACAAAACUGUAUUAAAGCUUAUGAGUUUGUUUGGGAGGUUGAUCCACAAGAGAUGAUGAACUCCUUUAACUCCACACCUUGGAGAUGGUUGGUAUUCCCAAGAAUCAGGCAGUCUUGUAUCUGUGUUAACAGUAUUUUAUUAGUUCCAGUAUUGGAAAAACAUGCCACCUGUAUGACAUAUUACACAAAGCUGCUAAAUGCUGAAUUUGUUGUUUGUUUUGAUAGAGCAUUAGUGAUUUCAGAAUAAGGAAUGAUAUCUUAUACAUUAGAAUGAUCACUGACUUUCAGAUUAUCACUGACUUUCAGAUUUUUAGAAAAUCUUUCUGUAAUCAGGACCAUUCCUGGGUUUUGCUUCACUUACUGCAAAAAUUUAUAAUGUUGGACCACCUUGAUGCACAAUUUGAUUUAUUAUUUUUGUCUCUGUAACCAAUUUAGUUGGAUGACAAUAAAUCAUACUUGCAAAAGGUCAUAGAGCACCCUGACUUUUUCCCAGGGAUUUGUAAGCACCUUUUUUCAGAGGUUGUUAAUGACAGCUGAACCAAGUCUUGCUGCUGUGCUUUUUACAGUUCCCAAAAUGGCAAGUAGGAAAAAGCUUCCAUCUGCUAGAAGCCUUAUUUAUCACUCUUACAAUCUGUCUGGUCGUUGUGUAGUUGUGCAGUGUUCCAGUUGUACUGCUCUGUACAGCUCUGCUUCAUGGCUAUCGUGCCAGACACUGGCGCAGGGAAAGGGGUUAGCUGAUGGAAUCCAUUUACAGCUGGAAGCUUAUUCUUAAAAGCAGCUUUCAGCAGACAGAUGUGCAACAUAAAUGGUAUGCUUUAGCAUGAAUGUGGAAACCACAAACCAAAUGUUCACAAAACAACUUUUAAAAACAGGGAAACAUAGUAUUUACUGGAUAAAAUAAAUAACUGGAAAGAAAGGAGAUCAGUGUGGUGGCUUUUCCCUUAGCGAUGGUGAUUCAGGACAGGUCUUCCAGUCAGAUCUCAGCUAUGUCUCACAGUCCCACCAUAUGUGUAUAAGAUGCAAUACGGAUGGACGAGGAUCUUGAAAAGCAUGGGAAUACAGUGAGUGUAAUUCCUGAACAACAUGAAAUUCCUGACUGCAGUUCUCCAGCGUUUACCAGGCUCAGUGUCUACAAAGAUUUGGUGGGAGGGAGCAUGGAGGUUCCAGGAAGAGCUGGGAAAACUGGAUCUGUAAAUCUGUUACCACACAAAAUAUCCUCAGCUGUUGUACAUUGCAGAAAUAGGAUAGAGGCCAAAAGAAAAACAGCUUUUACAGUGGGCAAGAAUCAGUUCCUGUUUUUUGAAAUCCAGCCAUUUUGGUUCUAUUGAGUUAAGGACUUUGGAACUUUCUCAUCAUGUCAGGGAGAAUUACUUUGUUGUUGAUUAAUUUUAUAGAGAUCUUGUAUGGUUUAAUUGGUAUCUGAAACAACAAGCAUUUAGUUCAAGUUGUUGGGAAAAUCACUGUUGACAGAAGCAGUAAUAUUUUUUUCAUAAUUAUAAAAGGGAGAGAAAGAUGGCAUGGGAUGCUCAUUAGUGCCCUAAUUGUGAACAUGGAGGGCAGCAGGAACUUGUUUUAGAGAUAAAUGGAUAUGGAGUGAAUUUCUCAAGUUUGCUCCUUGAGCUAAUACCAGGCCGAGUACCCACAGUGGGGUCAGUGCUACCCAGACAAAACAGGUUGUUCUCCCCUACAGAAGUGCAAGGUGUAAACUUGGGUCAUAUAGACCUUGCAUCCAGCUUGUGUUUUAGCUCAGUUGUCGGUUUCUUUACUUUAAUCUCCAUUUUAAAGUCAUUUUGCUUACUGCAAAAUGAUAGUGUGAGGAAAAGCACUGACAGGUAAGCUUGCUCUACAUAGUAACUGACACAUCUUGGCUUUUUUGUUUUGGGUUGGGUUGGGUUUUAAUGCCUAUGUUAUAUUUCUUUUAUCUUGCAAAUGUUGCUCUCUGUGCUCAAUUUAUUGAUUUUUAACUUAGACCCCUCUGGUAUAGCAGAUGCAUAAGAAUUUGUAGGGUUACUCUGUGUUUUUAAAUGGGGUUAAAAAGCUGGCCAGAUACCAAAUUCUGCUGUAUACUUAUGAAUUUGUAUCUUUGCCUACUCUGUACCAGGGGAAAUAUUUGAAAUUACGAUAUGUAAAUUCUCAUUUGAGGUAAAUCAACGUUGCUCUGCUGAGCUGAAUAUAACUGAGGCUUAAGUUAACUGAGAAUUUGUCUCUGUGGGUUUAAUAGCGUAAGUUUUUACAGACUCUUGAAACAGUAAUAAAUUCCUGGAACACAAGAUGUUGUGUAUGAACAUCAGCUGAUGUUUCUGACUGUAAUUUCAAGAAUUAUUGUCUUUCUCUAAGGCACUACUUCUCUUUGAGGAUUUUUUUGAGCUGAUGUUUCACUUGCUAUUUUACUAAGACCAGUUGUUAGAAUUUGAAAAUAUGUUUUAUUUUGCUUAGUUAACAUUGUUCUUCUUUAUUAAAACUUCUUUAUAAAAAGUU